CUGUAUGGCCUCCCAUUGCUGCUGCCAGGCCCGUAAUCUGCCAUGGGCCCCCGUACCGACUCCUCAUGCUGCUGCCAGGCCCGUAAUCUGUCAUGGGCCCCUGUACCGCCCUCGGCAUGCUGCUGCCAGGGGUUCCCAGAAGUGUGUCAUGGGUCCCUGUACGGCCUCCCAUUGCUGCUGCCAGGCCUGGUAAUCUGUCAUGGGCCCCUGUACCGCCUCCUCAUGCUGCUGCCAGGCCCGUAAUCUGCCAUGGGGCCCCUUACCGACUCCUCAUGCUGCUGCCAGGCCCGUAAUCUGUCAUGGGCCCCUGUACCGCCUCCUCAUGCUGCUGCCAGGUCCAGAGUGUGUCAUAGGUCCCUGUACGGCCUCCCAUUGCUGCUGCCAGGCCCGUAAUCUGCCAUGGGCCCCCGUACCGACUCCUCAUGCUGCUGCCAGGCCCGUAAUCUGUCAUGGGCCCCUGUACCGCCUCCUCAUGCUGCUGCCAGGUCCAGAGUGUGUCAUGGGUCCCUGUACGUGCCUCCCAUUGCUGCUGUCUCCAUCGCCACACUCCUGCCAUGUGCCACUUUCAGGUCUCCUCACACUGCUGGUGGGUUCCAUUUUGUCAUAGGGUGCUG